ACAGAGAAGCCUGUCCGCACCACCAAAGUCUCCGGAAAGCACGUCGUCCUUCCUUCUGAAUCUCAGCUUGCCCCGCUCCCGGCAGAAGGUGACGAAGAGGAGGCAGAGCGUCCCGCCUAUCACACCUUUGAACGGAUGGCGCCGAAUGCUCGUACCCACACCGCCCUGCCCCGCCUCACGUCCUAUGCCGUGGGCACAGACCUGCACAUCCCCACCCUCAACGGCUUCCUCCGUCGCGAGCACGGUGUCCGCCCGCGUCUCUACGACGAAUGUGCGUACGUUGCCUACUUCAAGCCCCUUCUUCCCGGCUUUGGAAGGGCAAACCUGCGCUCCAGCCCUGAGCCUCGUAGCGGCUCUCCCGGCGCUGAAUCGCGACGUGAGCGGGAAUUGGAGGAGCGAGAGGAGCGAGGGUAUGUCGGCAGUUACUUUGCGGCUAGCAAGGACGAUCAGGAGGAGUCUAUCGAUCCGGAGGGGUACAUCCAGGGUGGCGAGGGCAGCGGCAGUGGCGAGGGAGAGCCCUCGCACAACCACGACACGUCGCCCAACAUGUUGACUUCAAGGCCCAUCUUGGAGGCUCUCCAGCUCGCAGAGCUCGUCGUCCUCCCUUACGGCGUAGUGGUCUUCUACAACUUCACCCCCUCCGAGGAACGGGACAUCAUCGAAGACGUCCUCUCCUCGGGUUGUGUGCGCGGCACCCUCUCCCCGGACGAUGUCGAAACGGAAGCCUUCCACUUCUGCUACGACCCAACAGUACCCGCCCCACGCAUCUUCAAUGACUUCUUCACCUUCCGUGCGCCCAAUCACCUCCUCAAGCUCUCCCUCGCCCAUGCCGUUGCUCAGAGCACCAAGCUCUCCGUCUUCGAGGAGAGCAUGCAGCGCACCUUGGAAUUGACCAGUCACAUCCCCAAGGAGCUGGCUUCGAGUGGCGAGCUGAGACUCAAACGCCGCGAAGCGCUGCGUCUGACAGGUCGACUCUUCAAGUUACGCGUGGACGUCAACCUCACCUCCAAUGUGCUGGACACACCUGAGCUCUUCUGGAGCGAAGCCACCCUUCAAGCACUGUACGAUGCUAUUCGCGAGUAUUUGGAGAUCGAUCAGCGUGUGGGCAAUCUCAACGAUCGACUCAAGGUGGCCAACGAUCUCCUCGAGAUCAUCCAUGGACAUGUGGCUGAGGAGGCCAUGAGCAAGAUCACGGUGGUCAUCAUCGCCCUCAUCGUUGUGGCGUGCAUCGUAGCCUGUGGGGAGAUCACGGCGCGUCUCCUU